CAUUUUAUUUUUCCUUUAACCUAAGGAGCCGUCAACUAUAAUUUUCUAUAAUAUGAAUUAGGAAUAAUAUAAAUCCUUUUAAAGAAGUAAUGAGGAAACAAUAUGUUUGCAAACAGAAAUGUUGACCCUGAACUGGAGAAGUUGAGGAAAGAAGUUGAUGGCCCACCGAAUUUGGACACUGUGGCAUUGAACAUCCAAAGAACCACAGCAAAUAUUCAUGCUUCUUACCUGUUUGAGCAUGUUGGGAAAGCUGCAUUGCGAAAGUUAUGCUUAUUACUAAGUUCUACGCCAACAGGAAAAACAUACAACGGAUGGCAAGAGUUUGCUGCACAUAUGGGCUUAACAAUGGAACAAAUACGCUAUAUAGAUGAGCACCAUCUCAAAGGCUUGCAAGAUCCGACUUACUACGUUUUAUUAGCUUAUGUACAAUACGGACAUGCAACUAUCGAUAAGAUCAUAAGUGUCUUAAUGAGGAUACAUCGUUACGAUAUAAUUAAUCAAAUAAAGGAUAACAUAUAUGAAUUGGUUCAGGAAGUCACACAGAAUAUUGAAGCAGAAUCGGCUGUAAUAAAACCAGAAAGCAUCCCAAGAGCUCCACUAAUAUUAACGCCAAUUAAUUUCAUACAAAAACCACAAGACACAGAUGGUCCCAAUCAUGUUACACAAAAUAAUUCGCAGAAGACUAAACAAUUGUGUGGCUGCGUAGUAAUGUUAACGUUCGCUGAUGAUGGUUUAGAAACGGCACAACAUGUGACAAAGAUAUUCAGGUCUAAGCAGCCUAGAAUCGGAGUUCUCAUACUUCAGGAACAGGAAAAUUAUGUGUAUAGUAGAGCUGAAGAGUUUAUACACGAUUGUUUCAAACAGGUGCAUUUCGUCAUACCUAUAUUAACUAAAGGAUAUAUAGAAAGGAUAUACAACCCGAAGAUGUACAUAGAGGAUCAAAAUAAGUUAGAUUUGAAAUACAUCAAAUACAUCUACUCUUUGUUUACUAAUGAAUAUGUGAAAAAUCAAUGCAUUAAUGAUCGUGUAAGAUGCAUUGUUCCUGAUAAUGAUGUUUAUACCAUAGUAAAAGCAGGUUUGCACCCAACGUUACAAGCAUGGUUCAGGGAAAGUGAUAUUGAUGCAUUCAUUGACAAUAUUCUUUUACGAAAAUAUUCUAAAUAAACCUGUACGACAGAUAACUGAGAA